AUGGUAGAUUCAAGUGUAAUAGACGAUAAAGAACCAUCUCAUGAUGAGUCAACAAAUUUUAAUACUAGUGAUACUCAAGAAACAACCACAAAUCAUCAAGAAACAUCGUUUUUAUGUCCAAUUACAACAGAUAUGAGUCCACCAUUAAAUUCUCAAACUGUUCAUCGAUCAUAUGAAACAAAUACUGAAUCAUACGAUGAUAAUACUCCGUUAGAAUCAUUUAUGCAAUUUAAUCAAUCUAAUUUAGUAAAUUUUGAUCAAUUUUCAUGUAAUAUAAAUUUAGAAAAUCAACAAACUAUAAAUGACGAUUACAAUUUAUUAUCAACAACACAAUUAAUUCUUAAACAAGCAUUUUCACAAUCGAUUCUUGCACAAGCACUUCCAGAAUCACUUGCAGCAACAUCAGGAUGGUAUAGUGAAUUACUUGAUUCAUUAUUACCUAUUUCAAAUGAAAUGGAAACAAAUUUAAAUUUUAAUAAUAAUAAUAAUAAUGAUGAAAAUUUUAUUCAAGAAAAUGAAAAUUAUCAAAAUAUAAAUACAAUCAAUGGUCCUCCAAUAAUUUUUUCUUCGACGGAUGAAUUUAAUCGAGCAGUUAAUGAAAUAUCAUCAUCAACUAUGUUUCCAUCAACAAGUAUAAAAACAAGCAGUAUUAGUGAAUAUAGUAAUAUAACACUUAAUGAUUGUACAAAUCACGAAGCAGAAAUAAAUUUAAUGGAAAAUCAACAAAUUUCAUUAGUAAAUACAAAAGAUAAUGAAGCACCAACACCACCACCGAUUAUUAUUCGUAAAACAGUGCCAAAUAAUACUAUUACAUAUCAACAAAAUGUUUCUGUACGUUAUUUACAACCACCUACACCACCACCACAUGGGCCAAUUAUUAUUCGUGAAGUUUGUCCAGCUCCACCACCACCAGAACCACCAGUUAAAAUUCGACAAGUACCACCACCUGCAAUCACACCACCACCAUUAGUAAUCCGAACAAGACCUCCUCCAGCGCCACGUCGACUUUCUCCAACAGUAAUUGAAAAAAUAUUACCACCACCACCUCGUCCACCACCUCGUAUGAUUGUCGAACGUUUUGCAGCAUGUCCACCUAAACCAGCUGAUGUUAUCAUUGAACGUUGGUUACCUUAUAAACGAACUGAUCGACGACAAAUUUUUUAUCAACGAGUACCAGCAACUAAUAUACGACAAAAAGAACCAAAUAUACUUAUCAUACACGAACGACCACAAGCACGUAUACACAAGGAAUUUAUAAACGGAGGGGUUGUUCAAGCUGAUCCUCAAUCAUAUCUUCAACGUUAUGCAGCUGAACUUGACUCAGACCAUAAAAAGUCACAGUUCGCUAAUAUAAUUGGUGAAGCAACUCGCGUUGUACCACCGCCUCAAACGAAAGUCUCAACAAUUGGUCAGCACAGUCUGCCUCAAUCUCCUACUUCUUAUUUACAUCGAUAUCAACCUUCUCCAUCUGCUUCUGUUUCAAAUGCCUGGGACAAAAUGAAAUCAUCCUCGCCCAUACCUCAUUUAGGCUCAUAUCCUGAUGAAUAUUCAAAGUUUGACUCAUCUUCUCGCUAUUCUCCACAAUUUCCUGAUGGAAUACAAGAUGGAAACAUGAAAAACAUGAUUGAGAUAACAGAUUUAUGGAGUGGUCAUGAUAAUUCAUCAUCUUCUGGUGUUCAUCUUCCAUCUUACCAAUUUUCAUCACCAUCAUCGCUCCCUCCUUCGAGAACAAUUCAAGUGAAUACCGAUGAUGAACUUCAACAUGUUCUUUCUAAUUUAACACAUGGCCAGGUACCAUCACCACUUCGUUCAUAUUAA